UUUGCGGGAUGCCCCGAGCGGGCGUAUUUUGGAAACAAUACCGCACCGUGCGGAGUGGCCUCCUCCCGCCCCGGCCUGUGCCCGCCGCCCGCCGCCGCCCCUGCCUGCGCCUCCUGCCUCCUGCCGCAGCCCGCUGGGCUUUUCCCCUCCUUCUCAAUCGAGUCUGGGCGUCAAGCCCCCGAGUGCUCGUCACGCUGGACCCUGGCGCGGAGCGCUGGCAUCGCGACUCGGAGGCCGAGACUCUCUCCUGGAGUCACCCAGGAGAGAUGGAGCCAUCUCAGUGUGUGGAGGAGCUGGAGGAUGAUGUGUUCCAACCAGAGGAUGGGGAGCCGGGGACCCAAUCCGGAAGCUUGCUCUCUGCUGACCUGUUUGCCCAGAGCCUACUGGACUGCCCCCUCAGCCGACUUCAGCUCUUCCCUCUCACCCACUGCUGUGGCCCUGGCCUUCGACCCACCAGCCAGGAAGACAAAGCUACCCAGACCCUCAGCCCAGCCUCCCCCAGCCAAGGUGUCAUGCUGCCUUGUGGGGUGACUGAGGAACCCCAGCGACUCUUUUAUGGCAAUGCUGGCUACCGGCUUCCUCUCCCUGCCAGUUUCCCGGCAGUCUUGCCUACUGGGGAGCAGCCCCCUGAAGGGCAGUGGCAACAUCGAGCAGAGGUACAGAUUGCCCGAAAGCUUCAGUGCAUUGCAGACCAGUUCCACCGGCUUCAUGUGCAGCAACACCAGCAGAACCGAAAUCGCGUGUGGUGGCAGAUCCUCCUCUUCCUGCACAACCUUGCUUUGAAUGGAGAAGAGAACAGGAACGGGGCAGGCCCUAGGUGAGGCUGGGCUGCCCUCUUCACAUGGGGCACCAGGAACACCGUCUGGAACAGGAAGGACAUCGGGCAGGACUGACACUGUGUCUUGUGAAGUUGUUUUUUUGUUGUUAUUUUGUGUUUUAAUUUUUUAAAAUUUCUCUCUGAGUGUACAUACAACAUACUCAAGCGGGACCUUCUUUCUCUGUCAGGCCCUUGACCUGGAAUGGGGGCCUUUGUCAAACACUGUUGAAGGAGAGGCUGAUGUGUCUGUGAUGGUGAGAAUUCCCAAGGGCUCUGACAAAUAGAUUCUUCGACUGAGGAAUCUCCCAGUUGUUGAAGAGGAUCCGUUAGUGAUGUUCUCUGGGAAGUGGACUGUGGUUUUUCCAGAGGAACUCAGUUAAGAAAUCAAGAGUGGAUUAGACUCCCAGUUCCACCAACCUAUGAGCCUUCCACUGUGGAUGGGGGCCAUGAUCCUGACGGUCACAUUGCUUUAACCCAGCAGGGCCUUGGCCAGGGGCUUUCCACUUGAGGAUAGCAGCUUCACUAGGCUGGCCGGCCAGCUCCACAUCUGACUGGGUUCUUACUUCCCAGCCAGUACCUGCCCCACGGGCUCAAGGAUUCCUGGCCAGCUCCUGUCACCUCCAGCAGACCUCAGGGAGGGUUGGGUUUCUCUAAGGACCCCUCAAACAUGUCGCAAAAUGAACCAAACUUCUGGCUAGGCCUCAAAACUGACUUGGUCCCACUUGGAGGCCCCAGGAUUGGUCCUGAGGUACAGAGCCACUGCCACCACUGGCGGCCUGGGACCAGCUGGGUGUCAGCCACGGACGAGCCGAAUAGCCAGUCAGUGUGUUGCUGCUGGCAGCCUGUGCCUUUGACAGCUCUUCUUUCAAAAGACCCCACCGACAGACCGCAUUCCACCCCCAAAAUCAGCACUGAGGGACAUCAGGGGCAGGUUUGCAGUGGGGCUGGAAAAUGUGGUGGCCACCCCACCAUAAGAGUCAGCCCUAGAGGACCCCAGACCCCUUGGUUUCCUUGGAAACAACAUACCUCUUCCCCCUUAUCCCCAAUCCUUUUUCAUACCUAGUGGGAUACAGAAGAAGCCAGGACGGUGGCUUUGCCAGCUAAGUGACUUUUAGAGUAACAGAUAAUGAUUAGAGUGGGGAACCGUCAAAGCUGGGUACACAUUUCCUAUCUUCCUCCAGCUUCCAGCUAAGCCAGAAGGGCAUGCUCUGGAACCCAGCAGGAUCACAGCUGCCUCUGCACGUCUUCCCUUCUCUCCCUGCUGCGGCACUUAUGGAGAGGAUCUAAAGCAGCCGGUGUGGCAGCUCCGAUAGCAGGCACAGGGAAUCUGUUAACCAGACACUAGAAACUAAAUUAUAACUUUUGCAUAUGUGAGAAAAGACAACAUUGGUGCUAACAGUGAAGUAAGGCCCAAAGAAAAGAUGGCUUCCCUGGACCUAGAAGACCUCAGGGCUACCCAAGGAAAUAGGAGGAAUCCAGAGUAGACUCACAAAUCUGAACAAGCCCAAGUCUUCCAGUUCUGAAGAGAAGAGGUCUUCAGUACUAUUGAAGGAGACAUUGAUCUUCUGGAUGUACAGUUGUUCAGGUUGUUCACUGCACAAGGGCACCUGCAGAGAGAGCUAAUGGAGGCUGGAAUUCAGCUUGUGUUCUGCUCACUAAGCUGUGUGCCCUGGUGUGGGGUACUUCUCCCAAGAAGAAGGGGUGCCUUUUCUAAUUUGCAAAGGUGCCAUAUGGGCUCACAGCACCCUGGAGGAGAAGGGCCUCAAACUGUGCAUGUAAGCCUUUGUUUGUUCUGCUCAGAUAUUCUGGAUAUUACCUCCUCUUGGUCAGAAUUCUAUUCUCAGGGUGUGUACCAUGAUUUGUCUGCUAAGAAGACGGGUUCCUGCUAUGCAGAGAAGGAGCCGGGGACCAGCGUGAAGACUGGCUCUGGGACACACUGACCAUUGUGAAAUUCAGCCUUCCCUGUGGGUCUCCAUACCAUUUUGUGAUGUGUAUGGGACAUAUGUUGUUCUCCCCUCUCUGGAUCAAGGUGGUGAAUGGCAGGCUGCUGCCGUAUGCUUCAGUGGCACACACCAAAAAACCGGGAUUAUUUACAGCAGCCACUAUUCACCCCUUUUGGCAGACUCUCCACCUGAGCUCAGUGAGAGAGAAGAUGAUUUAGAUCUUGGUGCUGAGGCAAGGCCAUCAGCUUCAGAGACCUUGCCAGGCCCAGGCUGGGUGCCCUGUGGCCUGAGAACUGAGCCCAGACUUUGACAAAACCACCUCAACAUCAAGCCUGGGGCAGGUGGAAGGUGGUCUGACUGCACUGUCUCCAUCUUAUGCAAAGCCAGGAACUCACUCACUGUCUUAAGUGAGCCAGGGCAAAAUUUACACCCCUCACAUUUCCCUCUCCCUUCUUCCCCACCAACAAAACCCAGGAGGUAGCUGGCAGAGUAGCUGUCAGGAAGGAGAAAGUUUCUUUCUGGCUGGUUGUUUUUAAUUGGCUUAGUGAUCUAAACUGGCCCCUUCCUCCUCUGCCUGGUGAGUUGGCCUAAACAUUCCUCAAGUCUAGCCUCAGGAGACCUGCCCCUCCCCCCCACCUCCACCCCCUCAGACUCCAUCCCCCACCCCCAGGAGCCUGGCUGUCUCUAGCCAGGGAUGGAGAAUCAGAUUUAGAGGGAGGGAGAGUCUGACCUGGAUCCUGACCUGUAACCAGCUGAAGAUGGUGGAGGCUUUGUGGCUUGCUGAGAGUGGGGGUUGGGAGAGGGACUGGAAACCUUCCUCCUCGGGAAAGAAAUGCCUGGGAGGAAGGGAAGCCUGAUAUUCAGGGUCAAAACAGCCCUUCUAACUCACAACCCCAAAGCAGGGGUUUCUAGAAGUUAGUCAACAGAUCUGGUGAGGGAACUCCCCAGGCCAGACGCUGGACUCCUGCAGUGAGGGUGGAGGACUCAGCCUGGCCUCUGCCUGGCGUGUUUCAAAGUCUGGGCCACUGGAGAGCUGCUCCCUGGCAGCCUUCUCUUGCUCAAUCCGAGGUGGAAAAAGAUCACCUCCCAGUGACCUCCCUCAGCCCCCAGAGGAGUAGGUCUGUGUCCAAAGCUAUGUGGCAGGCUUGUUUCAAGGGCCCAGAGGGGCCCAGCUGACCUGUCUCACUGCUCCUGGCAGCCCAGCCCCAUCGGCAGGUGGCCCCUGCCUGGGGGUUGUUCGGGACAGUUAAGCCAGGGCCUCCCAGGAAGAGUACUGUGGAGCCACGGUGACUGUCCUGGACAGCAAGGAGCAUGCUACCCCAGUGAGCCCUUCUUUUUGAGGGACUUGAUGGGGAGGUGGAGUAGGGAGAAGGGACGUGGCAGAAGCGGGAAGACUUUGGUCACCAUGGCUCUGCAGGCCUUCUGCAAAUCAGUGCUGGCCUGGGCUGGAAACAGCUGUGUGUGUGAAGGUGAGGACUCUUGGAAGCAGGCCAUCCUGGCCAGACACCCUAGCAGGAAGGGGCUCACCUGUCACCCUUAGGCAGCCUGAGGGCUGAUGGGGACUUUUGAGUCUUGAGGGGAUAGCGGAAAAAGCUGAGCUCAUAGGUGCCCAGCCAGCCUCCCAGCUAAAGGUGCUCAGAGCCCCACUGCCCCCUCUCUCUGCAGGUGGCCAGUGCCCCUCCCUGCUCUGGGAGCAUUGCUAGCCUUCUACCCCAUCCCUGGAUCCACAGGGGCUAUCAGGGGGAGACCCAGUGAGAAUGUAGCAUUUUGUUCAUCCCCAGGGUAGCUGCCCUGGGGUCUGGGCACUCUGCCUCUGGGAGAGAGGAAGAAGAAAGGGGGCCCCAUUUUUAAAAAAACUGUACAGAGCCUUUGGCUUUAUGUGUUUAUGUUCUUCACAUGCAUAUGUGUGUAUGUGUGUAUAUCUUUCCCCCCAUCAAUUGGUACAAUUUUUAAUAAAAUCAUUUAAAGCAAA